UUUAUCAGCUUUCAUUACCAGAGGGAUCAGUUAUCAUCGGGUCGUGCCCGUGUGAAGUCAGUUGAAUAACUUAACGCUGUUUAACUGAAACACUUGCAGUGUCGCAAUUUGCAUACCACUUGUAUAGAUCGCCAGAUUACGAGUCCGCAACACGGCAUAGCCGCAUCACAGCGCAAUGGAGCAUAAAGUUAACAGUGAGAACCCAAGACCCGAGCUCACAUCAGAGUUGAUUGAACCACAAAUUCCAAAGUCUAUAAAAUACCUCAACGAACUGACGCUCAAGGAAAAGCAAAAUUUUUUCGACUCCUUCGACUUAGUACUUUGCGAUUGCGAUGGUGUCAUUUGGCAGUCCAUAUACGAUGCUUUGCCCGGCUCCAUGGAAGCGAUCGAUUAUCUCAAACGGCAGGGCAAAGAAGUCACCUAUGUCACAAACAAUAGUAUUAUACCCAUUGAAAUGCAAUUGAAAAAAUUUCAAAAGUGUGGACUCGAGGUGCAGAAGCAUGAUAUUGUGCAUCCAGCGCAAACAAUUUGUGAUCACUUGAAAUCAAUACAAUUUGACGGGCUCAUCUACUGCAUCACGUCGGACGCGUUUAAGUCGGUGCUGCGUGACGCUGGAUUCAAGCUGGUGGAAGAGUGCGUCGGUUACGUAAACACUUUGGAAGAUUUGCGCGUGGCUAUAAACAGCGAUGAUCCCGUUGCAGCCGUUAUCAUAGAUGUGGACUUUAAUUUGACCGCACCGAAGCUAAUGCGCGCCCAUGGUUAUUUGCGAAACAAUCCGGAGUGUCUGUUUAUUGGUGGCGCUGCUGACACGCUCAUUACACUCGGCGGAAAUGAUGUUAUAGGACCCGGCCCCUACAUAUCGGUAGUGGAAGAGACUUCAAAGCGUAAGGCCCUAAUUUUGGGCAAACCCGGAGUGGCCUUACGCGACAUUGUAAUGGAGAAGCAUCAAAUCCAGAAUCCACAGCGUUGUCUCUUUAUCGGUGACAGUAUUGUGACAGAUGUGCGCUUUGCCAAAAUGUGCGGAUUUCAAACGCUGCUGGUUCUCAGUGGCACUACAACGCAGGAGGAUUUGAAAUCGAAGCUAACGGAGACGGACACACCGGAUUAUGUGACCGAAUGUUUGGGCGAUUUGAAUGGAUUUUUUUCAUAAUUUUUUUUAUACUUAUAAGCCAAGAACCACAGCUUUAUUGCGUUUAUUGUUAUUGUUUUUAACGUUGAAUGUUUUAAUAAAAUUAUCAGAAAAGUGAAAAAUAAAACACAAACUUCUUGAAA